AUGAAUUUAGAUCUCGACGAUCCUUUAGGUGAUUUAUUAAGUGACGGUAGUAAUGAUAGCUUCUUUGGAAUCGAGCCAGUUAAAAAACCAACCCCGAAAAUUGAAAGAAAAGAUGCAAAAGCGAGUGGCAAGAAAAUGGAGCAACUUUUUGGCAUUGAAGAAGAGAAAAGAGAGGCAAUUAAAACCAAAUCAAGUGAAUUGAAAUUAUUCUCUGGAGAAAUUACAUCACCAGCGAAAAGUUUGCCAAAACGAUCGACAACAGCUGCACAACCUGAACAUCAAAGGUUGCAGCCAAAACCGCAGAAUGAGAUUGAAACAAAGUCAAACGACAGCUUGACGUCAGAACUUGGCUUUGAUCCAAAGAAGCCGCGGAAAAAAGGAAACAUUUUAGACGAACUUCUUGGUAUAGGUGAAAGUUCUUUAUCAACUACUAAAAGUCAAUUAUCCUCAAAACCAACAGUGCCUAUGAAAGCAACCAUCUCACGUCAAACAACCUCAGAAACGAUAUCAGAAAAUAUAAAUUACGACAACCCUUCAGCCGCACGUAAAACUGGGCGUCGACAGUCAGCUGUUGUUUUCAGUGAUCCACUGGGAUUAUUUGGUCCUAACGAGAAAGAAAAAGAACAGAUAAAAAAGGUUGAAGCCAAAACAACACGCAAAAGCAAUACCGGUUCAGAAUGGCUUUUUAAUGACCCAACUCAAGACAAAAGCUCGACGCCGCUUACAAAAUUAAAGUCAUCCCCUGCCAUUCAUGUUACGGAAAAUUCUGAUGAGAAGCACGAAGAUGAACCAGUAUCAUCAAAUGUAACAAGCUUAGAGUCAAAGAAUACAUUAACAAGCUCUGCGCUGCUUAGGAACCAACCACAAAUAAUGGAAACGUUAGUGAAUGAAACAGCAAACACGUUGAAUAAUUUGAAGCAGCAAGAGUUUCAAUUGAUGGUAGCAACACAAAUGAAAAGUCAAGAGAAUGUUUUAAUGGAAAUGAAGAACAGACAACAAGAACUUCUUAAACAGCAAGAGUUACAAUUUAAUGAAUUACUUAAGAAGCAAAUAACACGUCAAAGUGAACUUGAGGGAGUAAUUAAGAAUCAGCAAGAACGGAUAAAUGAUCAUAUACAAGCCUUGUUAGCAUCACAUGCUCAAGCUCCAUUCCUAGAUAAUUUAUUGAUAAAUAAACCGCCAACUGAAAAUCAAGCUAUCGAAGAUGCCAAUCCACAUAAAAGAGUGGAACUUGAAGCGGAUGUUAAACGUUUAGAGAUGGAAAAAUUGCGACUUGAAGACAUGCUAUCGAACAUUAGCGAUAAUCAUGAAAAGGAAAUCAUUAUGAUCGAGAGAAGCUACAAAAAACGCUUGCAAUUGAUGGAAGAAAAUCUCGAGUCAAUGGAACAAAGAUAUAAAGCGGAGAUUGCAGCCGUCGAAAAGUUCUUUUCUGAUAAAAUUAAAUCCAUCAGCGAUGAACGCGAAAGUAAUUUGGAAGCGCUGAAGCUCCAUUACGAGGAAAUGAUGCAGAACAUUAGAAAAUCUAAAUUUAUGGAGUUUGCUAUCAAGGAAGAAAGCAUUUCCUACUUUGAUAUUUUGAAGCGCGCUUCGACCCAUUUGGAGGUUGCCUCGGGUGAUGUUCAUUCGUUGCAUGAAGUUCUGCAGGAAAAGCUGAUUGUGUUAGAACGCGAUAAGGAAAUUCAGUUGAAUAUGCGCGAGAAGCGUCUAGAAGGUAACAUUUGUGUUCUUACUAUUGUUGCUAAUACAUUUUGUUAA